AUGGAGAAAGAGAAGAGGGGAGAGUGGGAGCAUUUGGUAAACGAAGAUAAUGAAGAACUUUUGCCAACUGGAGAAACCUCCAUAGACUCCUACCCAAACUGGUUAAAAUUCCACAUUGGCAUUAAUCGGUACGAGUUGUAUUCCAGAGAUAAUCCUGCAAUUGAGGCUUUACUACAAGACCUGGUCUCCCAAAAGAUAACAAGUGUUGCGAUGAAAUCAGGAGGCACCCAGCUGAAGCUGAUCAUGACGUUCCAGAACUAUGGACAAGCAUUGUUCAAACCAAUGAAACAAACCAGAGAACAAGAAACCCCACCUGACUUUUUUUAUUUCUCAGACUAUGAAAGACAUAAUGCAGAAAUAGCGGCAUUUCAUUUGGACAGGAUCCUGGAUUUCCGUCGCGUGCCACCGGUUGCAGGUAGACUGGUUAACAUGACAAGAGAAAUUCGAGAUGUUACUCGUGACAAGAAACUGUGGAGAACGUUUUUCAUCUCACCAGCCAACAACAUCUGCUUCUACGGGGAAUGCUCCUACUACUGCUCAACAGAGCACGCCCUGUGUGGAAAACCAGAUCAGAUCGAAGGGUCUCUGGCUGCUUUUCUACCCGAUUUGUCUUUAGCUAAAAGGAAAACCUGGAGAAACCCUUGGAGACGUUCCUACCACAAGCGCAAGAAAGCAGAAUGGGAAGUUGAUCCAGAUUAUUGUGAAGAGGUUAAACAAACACCCCCGUAUGACAGUGGGACCAGAAUUCUGGAUAUAAUGGAUAUGACAGUUUUUGAUUUCCUAAUGGGUAACAUGGAUCGACAUCACUAUGAAACCUUUGAGAAGUUUGGAAAUGAAACAUUUAUUAUCCACUUAGAUAAUGGAAGAGGAUUUGGAAAAUAUUCCCAUGACGAACUUUCCAUAUUGGUGCCUUUAAACCAGUGCUGCAGAAUAAGGAAGUCUACCUAUCUGCGAUUACAGUUGUUAGCCAAGGAGGAAUACAAACUCAGUCUCUUGAUGAAGGAAUCUUUACUAAAAGAUAAAAUAGCUCCCAUUCUCUACCAGCCUCACUUGGAGGCGAUGGACAGGCGGCUGCGGAUUGUCCUCAAGGCUGUUAGUGACUGUAUAGAAAAGGAUGGUUAUGACAAUGUGGUUGAAAAUGACUUUAACACUGAUGUUAACACUGUUACGACUGAGAGGUAGUGAAAUCGCAAGACUACGUUUUUACCAGCCAAGUAAAGAAGAUUCAAAGAGAAAAAAAAAAA